CGUAGAAGGUAUGAAUGUGAGCAGCAUAGAGAGUGAAAGGCAGCCAGGGUAUACCUCAGUUGUCUUGUUGGGAGUUAAGAAGUUAGAGCUCGUACUUAACUCCAAGGUGACCCUUGGAGAGUUAUGUGCUAUCCAUAUCGAGCAAGCAACUACAUACAAUAGUACAUGAACUUAUGCACGCGGUGAUGAGGUCUAGACAUGUUGAAGAGCCACAUCUAUACAAAUUGAAAAGCUUGAGGCGCUACAUUGAACCGUUCCUGAACGCCAGAGGCUAUCGUGAGACGGGUCAUUAUAUGGAUCAACAUUUCUUCGGAGGAUCUCCAUUUUGUUCGCCUAAUUCCAUCAUAUUUGAUGGAUUCUCACCAUCUAUCCCACCACCGCUAGGCAUCAUGAUAUCAAAAUUCGAUUUAAAUUGCAAGCCUCGCGUUACGCAGCCAGGAAGAAUAUGCCAUGUCCCUUCCUCAUGGGCAUCGAAGUUGAUGGGCGAGCACUUUUGGCAAGAUCCCCGCCACCCACAGAAGAGCCAUCGUUCAUUUCACAGGAGCGCUCUCACCCCCGAUUCUGGCACGGAAAUGGACUUAAGUUCAUUGCCAUACGUCUAUGACGAGGAUAAAGUCAUAGUGGCGAGCUGGCAGAAAAAGCAAGAUAACUGGAAGACAUGGCGAGAUAACUGGAACGAAAAGGCUCAACGCAUAUGGACGAAAAGUCCGUGGAGCUCUGUAGGCUCACGUAGUAACUGCUUCAAGUUCUCGACCGCUUUCUCGAAGAAGGACUUGGUGACGUGUGCUGCCGUGGCGUACGAGUUGGUGGGUAUGGUCGGAUGGAACGAAGGCAUAGACUUCAUGCAGCAGCCCCCUCGCAUUCCCGUAAGAGAGUGGCUUUGGCAUUGUGUUGGGCUACUGAUGAUGGCGUCAAUACCUCUCCUAGAACAGGAGCUAGAGAAUCCUUAUGAAGAAAGAAGGUUAAGCGAGCAUGAGCCUGGCCGCGAAGCCAGAGCUGCUGGUCAUAACGAUAAGGUGAUUACGCAUAUACCCGGUGAUCGACCUGUGUUUGCAGGGCCUAGCGAAUUUUGCAGCAUGGAAGGGACGCUUAAAUGUCCAUUCACACAACUCGAUUAUCUCGACCGGAUCCUCGACGUUUCAACGGUGCUCCAAACUACUAGAACGGUUGUAUAUGAUAGCAUAUUUAUGGCCAUACUUCAAGCCGCACGGGACAUUCGUGCUAAUCGAGAAAGCAUGGUCCAAUCCAUGGGUGCUUCUCAUAUCAACAGCUGGGCUUCAGAGUGGUUUUUUGAGCUUCCAGCUUAUAGUUCAUCUCUUAUUCGAUAUAAUCCUAAAGAUAGUAGAUGGAAGUUCGUUGUUCCAAAUUAGCGAUCCAUCAUCUACGGACCUAAAUCUUGAUCAACUAUCCGCCAUUUCAACUUCAGACGCUACGCUAUGUAUAGAUCAAUAAUAGAUAUCAAUUUUGUUAUUCAAC